AUGGAUCAUAAAGUUGUCAUCGUUUUAUUAUAUCUAACAGCUGCUCUUCUGCUUUGUAGUGAGGCACCCAGGGUUAAAAUGACAAAUGCCGUCUGCCAGUCCUACAAUAAAUCCUGGGUCGUUGUCCACUAUUGUCGGCUGAAGGCCUAUUCCCGCAUCAAGACCAGUUUGAAUGUAAAUGCCACGUUUCUGGAGCCAGCCAAUAAUAUAUUUCUCCAUAUGAAGUUGAUGAAGAAGGCCAGUGGCUAUAAGCCAUUCCUGUUCGAUUACAACUUCGAUGCCUGCCAGUUUAUGCGAAAGCGAAAUCAGCCCGUUGCCAAGAUCGUCUGGAAUCUGAUUAAGGAUGUGUCCACGGUGAAUCAUACUUGUCCCUAUGUGGGCCUGCAAAUGGUCCACGAUUUCCAUUACAUUCAAGUUCCCAUCAGUUUGCCCACCGGCGACUACCUGCUGUUAUUGGACUGGAUAUUCGAUGGCAAGCCACAGUUUGCCACCAAUGUUUAUUUUAAUUUUGUGGAGGAUUUUUAA